AUUUUUCUUCUAUACAUACAAUUUAUAUAAUUUAAUAAAUUAUAUAAUCUAAAUAAUUAUUUAUUAAUAUUUAUAUAAUUGAAGAAUCAAUUUUUUCAGUCUUGAUUAUCGAAAUUACGUUCAUUAAUUCUACGAUAUUAAAUAUCAGAAACAUAGAUAAGGAAAGAAAAGAGAGAGAGAGAGAAAGAGAAAGAGAAAGAAAAAGAUGAAAGAUAAAAAGAUAGGUAACAAAAGAUACGUAUUAGCAAAAUACCAGACAUUCUGGUGGUUGGUCCAUACAUUCUCGUGUUCUCGCAUGGCAUGAUUACAUUUCGCGUAAUCGAUCGUAGCUAAUACGCGAGCAGACAAGGGUAAACAAGCAUCGCAUGUACGUCUGUCUGUCUAUCUGUCUGUCUUCGUGCACAAUGGAAACCCCAUUGUUAGAGUAUAUUAUCGAUCCUGAUAUACCUGCAUGCCUAAGGAUUCUGUAACGCAUUGCAUGCAUUUGGGAGGAUAUUAACUAUUCACUGGAUGUUCGUCCUAAAGUGCAGGACGAUGAUGGUUAUUAAGGGACAUUGACAAACGUUCCUGUCGACAUCUCUAUUUCUAUAUCCUCGCUUCGUCUAUACACAUAUAUAUAUAUAUAUAUAUUUUUUUUUUUAAUAGUAAAUUAAUUGUAACAUUUUAUCUCAUAAUUAAUUUAGUUUUUCUUAAACCCAAUUUUUUUUUCUCUUUUUCUUCUUCUUUCUUUUCUUUUUGUAGCCCUAAAAUCUCAUAACUAGUCAACGAAACGCGUUUCGGUUUUUUUUUCUUUCCAUUAAAAUGAAAUCUAAAUAAAAAAAAAAAAAAAAAAGAAAACACAUAAACGUUAUCUCUUGUGAAAAAUGAAAUAGAAAAAUACAUACGUAUAUACGUACUUAUGCGCAUACGAUACCUCGAUAAAAAUCCUGUCUCUUUUCCUUUUUUUCUUUCUUUCUUUCAUUUUUUUUUUUUUUUUAAGUUAGAUAUACCUCCAGCUAUUCGUCCCAUUGCAUCGUGUUUUUGUCCUUUAUCUUUCGUUUCCGUUUACUGUACGGCUUUUGAAAUCGACGAGAAAUCUCGACGAACAGGACGUUUAUUAGUCGCGAAUCUUUCAAAAGGGAAUGAGCGAUGGCAAAACGCAAGAGGGAUUUUUCAAUCUCUUUUGUAUUUGCCGACUAUGCACAAACUGAUGAUAUGAGACGUGCGUCAGGAGAUUAGUAUAAGUUAGACUUGAUUAUUAUGGUGGUGCACAUAGAUACGUAUAAGAUAUAUAGAUUAGAGUACAUGGAAAUGAGCAGCAUAAACGAUAGAAGGAAAAGAGAUACAAACGUCGUCAUCGUCGUAGUCGUAGUAAUCGUUAAAAAUUCUGCAAGAUAAACGACUUACAAAAGAAAUUGACGACAAAUAAUUAAACAGAACUAUCACGUACAAAACAAAUAUUACAUACAUCUAUCCACAUACAUACAUAUAAAUAUUAUUUUUUAACGAUUAACAUUACAAUGUUAUAAUUAAUUCAUAUUUUUCUAUCUGAUAACUUAUCGACUACAGCGCUAGUCUAGAAGUCUAGAAAAAGAAGAAGAGUUAGAGAAAGAUACAUAUACAUUCAUACAUACAUAAUAUAUAUAUAUAUAUAUAUAUAUAUAUAUACACAUAUACAUAUUUACAGAAUGACCUAAGAUAACUUUUGUCAUAACAUCUGUCUCCUGUUUUCGAUGUAUCCUUUUUAGAGUUCACUCAGGCUAUCCUAAAGUUUUAUAUAGAAAAGGAAACAUAAUAUAAACUCAUCAUGACGAACGACGACAACCUUACAUAGAGGAAAGAUAAGAAAUUUUGUCUAGAGAGAAACCUAGUAUAUUGAGACACCUCGAGUAAUACACAAGCAAAUACAUACAUACAUAUAUACAUAUACACAUCCAAGUAUCGUAGCUUUCUCAUUCUCGUCCAUUUAAAGGACACGACAGCUAUCGAGCGCUAGGUCGCCUAGCUGAGGAUUAAAGGCUUGCUACAGAGAAUGCUGAGAACGUUGAAGCGUAUCGGAAACACCGAAUCGAGCCGAGCCGUGCCGAGCGAGUACCGACGUGUUUUCUCGGAGAGCUUCCACGUUUUACGGGACUACUUCGUAUCGCGGAGUAAAAAGAUAGAAAGAAAGAAAGAGAAAGAGAGAGAGAGAGAGAGAGAGAGAGAGAGAGAGGGAGGGAGGGAGGGAGAGAGACAGAGAGAGAGAGAGAGAAAGAAAGAGUUGAGAUUUGACGUAGUUCACGCCACACACGAUGAGUUUUAAAUGCCGAAGAAACGAGAAUGGUACGAACGUAAAUACAACAUUAUCCAGAUUUAUUGCGUAGGAUGCAAAAUGGUUAAGGAUUAUUUAUACUUAAAGGAGAUAGUUUCAAAGGACCUUUCGAUUCGGUAUUAUGUAUAUAUCGUCGUUUCGUUCAAAGGAGUUGAAGGAAGGCAACACAAGUCGGUGGUUCGAUGUUGGAGCAAUGACGAAGCCGAGCGGAGCCGAUCGGAGCCGAACAAGGCGCGAUGUCCGUUUCGAAGCGGAUUCGAGAGGCUAGCAUGAUCCGUCGUCGUAGAGAAACAUAAUAUAUUGGUGAGGAGGAGGAGGAGGAGGAGAAGGAGGAAGAAAAGGAGGAGAAAGAGGAGGUGGUGAAUGAGGAGGAGGUGGAUGAGAAGGAGGAGAAGGAGAAGGAGCAGGAAGAGGCAGGAGGAGGAGGAGGAGAUGGAAUAGGAAGGGUCGACGGAAGGAGGAAAAGAAAGAAGGAUCGUAAUAAUGAGGAGCUCCGAGAGAAGAGACUACGAGGGUGCGGGAGAAGGUCGGAUGGAAGGAAGAGGGUCUUUUCUCGGGAAACGAUCAGUCAGUGUGGUGGUCCAGCGAGAAGGACGAGGACGCGUCCUUGGUGUUUGUCGGUCGAGGUAGUCAUCGAGAGGGUAGAUUUAUUACUGUCGAACAACAACUGUUACGAUAACGACGAUAACGACGACGACGACGACGACGACGACGAUAUUGACGAUCGUUCAAAGAGGAGGAAAGGGAGAGAGAGAGAGAGAGAGGAGAAAGAAGUGAAUCGGAGAGGAAAGAAGGAGAAGGGAAGGGGAGGGUAGAGAGGAAAAGAGUCGACGCUAAGGAGAGAGUCUCGAGCGUGUUGAGAGGCGCCGCCGAAUCGAGCCGGGCCGAGCCGAGCCGCGCCGAGAGUAGCGUUGAGGCCAAGUCGAGCUGUGCCGAGCUGCACCGAGCUGAGCCGAAGGUUAUACCGGUGUCAGCCUGCACGAGCAGGCGCGCGCGUCCUCUCCUCUUGCGCGCGUCCAGCCGAGCGAGCGAGUAAAAGCAAGCGAGUAAAAGCAAACGAGUAACCAAGCAAGCAACCAAGCAAGCAAGCGAGUAAGCAAGUAAGCGAGGAAACAAGCAAGCGAACGAACGACCAAGUAAACCAGUAAACGAGUAAAACUUUGAGCAAGACUUGAAGAUCGUAGGAGGACGUCAUUGAAGAAAGGAAGGAGGCGGCAAGGAGGUAGUGAAGAAGUAGAGAGAGAGAAAGAAGUGAUACGCGAGCGCGUGUGUGCGCGUCUGAUCGCGGCUGAUUCGCGCGCGCGCGCUCAUCGCCGGCCGUGUAUGGACGUCGUCACGCAUGGUGCACGCACCGAGGAGGACAAGGCUCAAGCCCUGGAAUCCGCCUCUCGUCUACGUUCCUCCGCUCGGCUUGGUUUUAUCAAUUCCUCUUCGUCGGCCGCAUCAACAGCGACAACAUCAUCAGCAACAGCAGCAGCAGGUUCGUCAGGAACGAGCAACAGCAACACCACCACCACCACUGGCAGCACCACCAACGCCACUACCACCUGCCGAGCAUCAACCAAGCGUAGGAGAAAGAAGAGAAGGCGUCAACGACGAAGCAGCAACGCGAACGACGACGACGACGACGACGUCGUCGACGAUCUUUCAGCCGUCCUUGACUCGUCCUCCUCCGUCGUCUCAUCCUCGGCGUCCCGUCACGUCGGCUCGUCGGUCCUUCUCGAGGACAAUCUUUUACCGCCUCCGCCACCGCCACCGGCUAGUGGCAAUAACACAAACACCACCGGUACAGGUGCAAGUGGUACAUCCUCUUCCAUCACUAGAAGAAGCCUCGCGCAGAAGGUUGACGACGAAGGUACAACAUCCCGCCAUCGACACCAUCAUAACAACAACAACAACAACAACAACAAUAACAACAACAACAACAGCGGCAGCCACCACCGUCAGCAGCAACGAGCCGAGAAUAACGAAGAUAACACGGUUACUGGCGGUGGUGGUGGAACCCGUGGAGAAGGCGAAGAGGAAUACAACAACAACAAUCACGAGGAAGAAGAGGAAGACGACGAGGAGGUGGUGGACGAGGAUAAAUCGAACGAGAAGAAACAUCAUCGUGGUGGUGGUGGUGGUGGUGGUGGUGGUGUUGGUGGAAUCGGCGGCUCAUCGCCGACGACUACGACACUGCGAAACGGAGGGAACAACAGCAGCACGCGUUCAGCGGCGGCUUCUACUGCUGCCGCUUCAUCUUCCUCAUCUUCCGUACCUAUUCUCGCCGACAUCACGUUUCUCAAUCGCAGGACGGCCAAACGAUCGGCCAGGAGAUGUAACAACGCGAGCGGUCGCAGGAACGCGAUGACGAUGGAUCUCCAGAGGCUGAUCAAUGAGGUGCACGCUAGACCGGCUAUCUGGGAUCAGAAGAACGUCAACUAUCACAAUCGCGACGUCAUACUGAAGAUGUGGCGGGAGAUCGCGAGAGCCUGCGAAGUUUCCACCGACGUCGCCAAAUCGAAAUGGAAGCACCUCAGAGACAACUUCAGAAACGAGUUGAAGAAGACUUAUCGGGGAAAAUGCGAUGGUAGUCUUGGUGGCGGUAGCGAACACGAUUCGAAGUGGGUCUGGUUUAGGAGCCUAUUCUUCUUGAGGGACCAAAUGAAUUCAAGGGUGAUCGGGUGCGCCCUUAAUCAAAAUUGUGCAGCCCUUCGUUCCUCGCCCGACGGUACGCAGAUAGAGCCGCAAAUCGACAUACUCGAGGGCCACGAGGAGACACAAUUCGAUGAUCUAGACGGUGAUUCGUGUCAAUCUUUAUUAUCGAACGACGAUGGUCUCCAUCAUGUUAUGCCACCCCCUAAAAUGAAUAAAAUCGGAAGGAAACGAACCCUUAUGGAAGCGAUGGACAACGAUUAUCCUGAAAUGGAUAGGAAAAGGUACGACGCAUUGCAAAAGAGAUUGGUCCUUGGUCAGGACGAGGAGGACGACACUUAUCACUUUUUAAUGAGCGUCAGGAAUCCUUUGAGAAGUCUUCCCCUCGAUAGACAAAUGUUUGUCAGGCUAAAGAUCCAAGAACUCGUCUACAACGAGAUAAAUUCGCAAAAUCAUCAGAUACGUAACUACGACGGCUCGCAAGACGUGAAACCAUUGAAAGCACAGAACGAUAAUGGCAAUGGUACAGCUGGUAAUGGUGGAAAUGGUGGUGGUGGAAAUGGUGGUGAUGUCGUUAGCGACAUGUCGAAUCCAGCCUCGUUGCUACAGAAUUGCGCUACCGAGGGCUCAAGCGAUGACGCUUUCUUCGGCUAAAAAUUUAUUUAUAGUUUACGUUAUUAAACUGUAAGAACAAUAAUUUUAUUAAUAGAGAAUAAACGAACGUAUUUUUUCAACAA